AUGCGAUUCGUCCCAGCUCUCGUUGCGGUCACCUCUGCGGUCUGUGUCCUUGCAAGACUCUUGCCGCCCUCCUCACCCACCUUCGUUACCGACCGCCCCGGUACCUUUUCAUUAAAACAAGUGCGGAACCUCAACUUUGUCCGUAACGGCCCGGCCCAGCUGGCCAAGAUCUAUCACAAAUACCACACCUCUCUUCCGGACGAUCUCAAGGCGGCCGUCAACCGAAUCGGAAACCAGCCGGGGAAACGGUCGAAUGGCAGUGUCGAGACGAAUCCAGAGGGACACGAUGUUGAGUACUUGACGCCGGUUUCUAUCGGCACCCCCGAGCAAGUCUUAAACCUUGACUUCGACACGGGAUCCAGUGACCUCUGGGUCUUCAGCUCCGAGACCAAAAACAGCGAUGUUGAAGGACAGACGGUCUACAAUCCGAAUAAGAGCAGCACGGCUGAGAAGCUUCAAGGCUACACGUGGCAGAUCUCUUACGGAGAUGGCAGCUAUUCCGGCGGCACCGUUUAUAGCGACACAGUCACGAUUGGCGGCCUAGCCGUCCCAUCUCAGGCGGUGGAAGUUGCAACGCGGGUUUCGGACGAAUUCACCUCCGACCCCAAUAACGACGGCUUGCUCGGCCUGGGGUUUAGCUCCAUCAACACGGUCGAGCCGGAGGCGCAGAAGACCUUCUUCGACAAUGCCAAGGCCAGCCUUGCUUCUCCUCUCUUUACGGCUGACCUCAAAGCCAGCGCUCCUGGCCAUUUCACUUUCGGAUAUAUCGACCCGGACGCUUAUACUGGGAACAUCACGUACGCGCCGGUGGACAACAGUGGAGGAUUUUGGGCCUGGACAUCAUCGGGGUAUGCGGUUGGGUCGGGGGGAUUCGAGAAUACCACGUUUCAGGGCAUUGCGGACACGGGUGCGUCCCUACUUCUUCUGCCCAGCUCCGUGGUCUCGGCCUACUACGAACAAGUCAGCGGCGCAACGUACGACAUUAUGCAGGGAGGAUAUACACUCCCGUGUAACGGACCAGUACCUGAUUUUGCCUUCGGAAUUGGAGACAAGGGCGCCAUGAUCACUGUGCCUGGUGAUUACAUGCAAUUCGCCCCAACGACCUCGGGCGGGACAACCUGCUUUGGGGGCAUCCAGCCGGAUACAGGAAUUGGGUUUUCCAUUUAUGGAGAUGUCGCUCUCAAGGCUGCUUUUGUCGUCUUUGACGGUGGCAACCAGCAGCUGGGGUGGGCAUCCAAGACCUUACCGUCACACACCGGGACGACAAGAACCUGA